AGGUGAGGUUUUGUGUGAGUGGACUGCAUGUCACUGUGUCUAUGUUGCUUUCACACACACACACACACACACAGCCAUGUCUCUUAACACAACUCACUCACAUCGAAAAAGGACAUAGCUGCAGGCUCCUUGUGUUGGUUUUACAGCAAAUGGACGUUUAGAGUUUGGGUCUAAACACUCAGUCUUCAUACCGUACAGCUGCCGGUUUUUUGCCGUGAGUUUGGCUCUUUAUCACAACACGUUUAUUUUGAGUGACGCCCUGGAAUGGUGGUGUGGCGAUGAUUCACACAGACGUGAAGAUGGAACGAAAAGGGGUUGGAAAUAGAAGAGGAAGGGAAGAGAGAAGAGCGAAAAACCGAGCAACUAAUACAUUGUGAAAAGCAAAAUUGGACAGAGAGCUGGAGCCUGACCGAGGGACAAGAGAGAGAGAGAGAGACCGAGAGUUGGGACGAGGGAGACAUUGGGAGGGCGGGAAAGAGAGAGAGGGAGGAGGGAGAGGGGAGCCAGUCCUCUGACUGUGGUGUUCUGCGUGCUACAGACCCAGUGAACAGCUCUGGACAGGACACUACUGUGCUGGGAGUGGAGAGGCACUGUCAGUUUGUCAGUUUACUCAGUCUGUCAGUCAGUCAGACCGUCUGUCUGUCUGUCUGUGGGGAAGCCUGACUACCUCUUUUCCACCCCCUAAUGAUCAUCUGGUCCCCAGGAUUUGGAUUUCGUCUUUGGGCCCAGGGAGCUCCGCCGCUGCAAUCAUGAAGUCCUCAGAGUGUGUGUGAGAGUGGGCCUUAAAGAGCUCGUUCCUGUCUUGUUCGAGUUUGAGACUGUGAUGUGGAAUUUAAAGCAGAUAUCUCUGGAGACGUGCCAGCUUUGGGAUGACGAGGAACGAAAAGGGGAACGGAGCAAGGAACUAGACUGAAUUGGAUUUGAACUUUAGCAAUUUUUUGGGAGGGGGUCAGGGAUGAUCUUGGCCCUGAAGAGCUGCUUACCCAUAUUGGCUUCUGCUUUGAAUUGGUGUUUAACCUCCAUGGAUGUUCGGCUGACUGUGUGACUGGUCCAGGCAGUGUGUCCGUGGUGCCUUUGUCGCCUGCACGGUAUUCCGCACAACAGUGUUUGUGCGACGGCGCCAAGACUUCGUGCCCUCGUGUGCGUGGCCCAUGUGGGCAGCUGGUCGACCCAGUUCGGGUGAUCUCUGUGCCCCCAUGCCCGCGGCUAUGCCCCCGCACCCUGCUCUGCCAGCUGGGUCCAAGUGGUGCUUUCAAAAUCCCAUAGGGGUGGACUGCUGUGCCCCCGAGCCCCGCUGCAUCUGGCUGGCGGUGCUGCGUGGCGUUCCUGACCCCCUGCCUUCACCCCUGACCCCCACCAUGAGACCGGUCCCGGGGGUCGGAGGACAGAACCCCACCAGGCAGCGCUCUCACCAGCUCAGGCAGGCAAAGGGGCGUAGAGAUGGGCUUUCCUCGGCUGGUGACAACCCUCGGCCUGCCCUGGGAGGAGAGGGGAUUGGUGUGGGCUGGCAAGGUCCCCGGACGCUACUCCUCCAGAAGAACUCGCAGGGCUUUGGCUUCACAUUACGCCACUUCAUCGUCUACCCUCCAGAGUCCGCGCUGCACACCAGCCUCAAGGAUGAAGAGAACGGGAAUGGAAAGGGGUUACAGAGAAAUAGACUGGAGCCCAUGGACACCAUAUUUGUAAAGAAUGUGAGAGAGAAAGGCCCUGCCCACCAGGCCGGCCUGUGUACAGGGGAUCGGCUGGUGAAGGUUAAUGGAGAGAGUGUCCUAGGGAAAACCUACUCCCAGGUGAUUGCCCUCAUUCAGAACAGUGAGAGUGUACUGGAGCUCUCUAUAAUGCCAAAAGAUGAAGAUGUUCUGCAGCUGGUAAGUGCGUAUUCACAGGAUGCCUACCUGAGGGGCAACGCUCCUUACACAGGGGGAGCGCGGAACCUUCCGGUGCCCCCUCCCCUCAGCUACGCUCCCCGCGCCAAGUCCCAGCCUCCCGUCGGUGUGUCGUCCCAAAUGGGUCAGAAUCAGCUGGACAACUGGAGCCGCUGGGCGGAGUCCUCCAGCCCCUCAUCACCCCUGGACAACCGCUCCGUCGUGGGUAGUCCGCCCAGCUGGCAAGAGGGGCGGGGCAGAGAGCCGGGGGGUGUGGUCCACAGUAGCCCCACCCACAGGACAGAGGAGGCCCAGUACGGCAUGACCCGGCCACAGCCCGCGGGACAGACAAGGGGCAGGUCCUACUCCUCCUCCUCCUCGUCAGGAGGCCCCUUUGGCAGCCCUCUGCAUGUCCACCACCCCAACCACAACGCCGCCCCGCCCAGGCCCCGGACGGCCAGUCAGGCCUGGACCAACCCCCCACAGCCCAGACACAGCCGCAGCCAGCACUGCCAACAGGCUCUGUCCGACUGGUACCACAGUCAGGUGCCGGAGCCAAGGCAGGGUCGCAGUGGCACCAUACAGCACCGUCACCGCAGCUACUCCCAGGACCGUCUGGGCGAGACCGGCCCGGCGCGGCGCCACCGGACUCCGGGUGGCUGGCCCCACAGCGCCUCUCAGGACACCCUGCUGCCUUUGCAGCUGUCCGGCCCUGGAGCCCCCGGGGAGCCGUACUGGGCCUACGGGGAGAGCGAUGGGGCCCCGGGUCGCCCCCCCUCCUACGGCAGCAGAGCGCGGUCGGAGAACUUGCUGGUACAGUACGACCGCUUCGGACGCUCGCUGGAGUUGCUGGAGUCGCCCCGCUCUGAGAGGCGUGCCUGGGUGCAGCAGGCCCCGCAGCCGCCCCCCAGGACCGAGGCCUACCAGAGGCAGGGGAGCCAUUACGGGGGCGCGCCAGCCCCGCCCACGGGCCGGCACACACAGCCGCACCACCAGGCCCACCCGCACUCGGUGCCCCACAAACAGCCCCAGCCGCCGGCCGGUCAGAGCAGGCGUCUUCCCAGCGGACAGAGCCUGGACGACCAGCCGGUGGGCUACCGCAGCUACAGCCCCUCCUUUUACCGCAAGACGGGCCGGAUCAUGCAGCAGCCGUCCUUCAGGGACCCCUCCUACCUGGGCCCCCACCUCAGCUGGGCACCCACCCCCAAAACCAGCCCCCCAGAGGGGGUUGUCCCGUCGGCUGCUUCGCCCCCGGCCUCCGCCGCCUCGGAGCCCGCAGACCGCGGCUACCACCCCGCCGACCGUGACAUGGCGGCGGUGGAGGGGCACGUGGAGGUGGCAGCUCAGACCCAGGAGGUCAAACUGAGACAGAAACCCCCGACGGGGCGACGGAGUGUCCAUGCCAUGCGCCACCCGCCCUACAUGCUGCCCGUGGAUGCCACAGAAGCCCCGGACGACACCGCGGCCGCCCCUCGACCCUUGGGAGAGGGCGUCCCGAGACGGAUUAAUGGCAACCUAGCCCCUCUGUCCGUAGAGGACGACGCAAUGGCCUCCAUUCCCUUCAUAGAUGAGCCGACCAGCCCCAGUGCUGACCUGCGUGCCCGCCACGUGCCAGCCUCCUCCGUGGUGUCCAGCGGCAUGAGCUCGGCGCCCGCCAUCGGCACCAACCCCGCCUCUCCCACUUUCACCUUCCCCCACACCAGGCUCUUCUCACACGACUGCAGCCGUAAUAAAUCCAGUCGCCGUUCCUCCUAUUCUCUAGCCAUCACCUCGGAGCGCUCCAAGUCGUGUGACGAGGGCCUCAACACCUUCCGGGGCGACGAGGGACGCGUCUUCUCGAGGCUUCCACCGAGAGUGAGAAGUUUCUUUACCAACGGGUCUCUGGAGAGUAUCGGGGCAGCGGAGGAGGCGCGCUCCAAACGACACUCCACCUCGGACCUGGGCAGCAUCAGCUACAGUGACGUAUGGAGAGAAGGGUGGCUGCACUACAAACAGAUCCUCACGGAAAAGGGCAAGAAGGUGGGAAGCGGCAUGCGACCAUGGAGGCGGGUCUUCUCAGUGCUGCGCUCCCAUUCGCUCUUUCUCUAUAAGGACAAGCGUGAGGCAGUCCUCCGGGGCGCAACUCUGGGAGGCGACGCCGACGAAGAGCAGCCAAUCAGCAUCCGGGGCUGCCUAGUGGACAUAGCAUACAGCGAGACCAAGCGCAAGCACGCCCUACGGCUGACCACCCAGGACUUCUGUGAAUACCUGCUGCAGGCCGAGGACAGAGAGGACAUGCUGGACUGGAUCAAGGUCAUCCGGGAGAACAGCAAGACUGACAACGAGGAGCUGGGAUUCUCCAGACAGGCUCUGAUCAGUAAAAAGCUCAAUGACUACAGGAAACAGAGUCCACCAGGCAACAAGCCAGACUCCUCUCCCAAGGUGGCCCGGACCAAGCCUUCCUUCCUGCUGGCCAAGAUCGAGAGUGCUGCUGGUGCCCCGCGCCCACCAAAACCUGAGUGCAAAGAGGAGAGCAGCCCCCCUAAGUCCCCUUGGGGGAUUAAUAUCAUGAAGAAGGCCAAGAAGUCAGGGCCCAAGGCCUUUGGAGUCCGGCUAGAAGACUGUCAACCAGCUGCCAACAAUAAGUUCAUCCCUAUGAUCGUAGAGAUCUGCUGUGGUCUGGUGGAAGAGAUGGGUCUAGAGUACACUGGCAUCUACCGGGUCCCGGGGAACAACGCUGUGGUGUCCACCCUGCAGGAGCAGCUCAACAAGGGCUCAGACAUCAACCCUGCUGAGGAGAAAUGGCAAGAUCUGAAUGUUGUCAGCAGCUUGCUCAAGUCUUUCUUCAGGAAACUCCCAGAGCCCCUCUUUACUGACGAUAAGUACACCGACUUCAUUGACGCUAACCGGAUGGAGAACGCUGGGGAUCGGCUGAAGACUAUGAAGAAGCUGAUCCGUGACUUACCCGACCAUUACUACCACACUCUCAAGUUCCUGGUCGGCCAUCUGAAGACGGUAGCUGACCACUGCGAAAAAAACAAGAUGGAGCCGCGUAACCUGGCCCUUGUGUUUGGGCCCACGCUGGUGAGGACAUCCGAAGACAACAUGACAGACAUGGUGACCCACAUGCCUGACCGAUACAAGAUAGUUGAGACACUAAUACAGCACUACGUCUGGUUUUUCAGUGAGGACCUGGACAAGGAUGAGAAGACGCCAGUAGACACAGAGGAUCUGGGUCCGGCGCCCAACAUCGACCACCUGCUCUCCAACAUCGGCAGGACCACUCUGCUAGGGGAGGCCUCAGACUCAACCAACAGUGACUCAGCUAAAUCUAAGGGGUCAUGGGGGUCAAAGCGAGACCUCACUGCCAAGGACUUCCUGACCCUGUCCAUCAUGUCUGCCGUCACCGGACGGAAGCGCAGAAAGCGCCACAAGGGCCUCUUGGGCAGCAGCACGGAUGACGACUCGGAACACGAGCCAAUCAAAACCAGCCACCUGGGGAUGGAGGAGGGAGAGGAUGCAGGGGCGGGAGUGGCCGGGGCAGACACCGCCCCUCGAGCAGAGGCAGAAGAGGAUGAAGAUGAGGAGGAGGAAGAAGAAGAGUCUCUAGUAGAGAGAGCAAGAGAGCAAGGGGAGGUUGUGGAGGAAGCAGUGGUUCCCAGCAUGCCGAGUGGUGUUGAAGAAGUGGCAGGGCAGACGGUGAUGUUGCUCCCUGAGGAGGGGGUGAGGGUGGAGUUGAAGGGCAAGAUGUGGCGGGGGCCAGAGGAUGCCCGCUCCAUCGUCUCCGGUUACUCCACCCUCUCCACCCUGGGGCGGAGCCUGGCAUCGGAGGGCCGCGGCGAUGAAGCUGACGACGAACGCAGUGAGCUGGUGAGCGAGACUGACAAUGAGAGUGGAUUCGCCUCGCGCUCCCUCACCCAGGAGAGACCUGAGAAACAUCCGCCAGAAACAGCCAUCAUAACACCACCUACCACAACCCAGCCCCCAACACAGCCCCCGACGUCAGCUCCACGAAGUUUCCUCUACACACACUGCAAAACCCAAGCUGUCUCCUCGACGCCACAGCGCAACACCCGCACACCCUCCCCCUCCAUACACACUCAAGACCCUGGGGAGAGGAGUGAGGGAGGGGCGCGCUCCACCACCCCUUCGUCCUCCUCCUUCUCUUCCUCCUCCACCUCCCACAGACUGCACCCCCGGCCCUCCUUCAACCCACACAAGCUGAUCCAGUGCGACACAUUGGCCAGGAAGAAGCUGAGGGACAGCGGGAAGCCCAAGCCUCGUUCCUUGGACUUGGUGGAUCUCCCCGGGCCGCCGGAAGAUGGAGCUCGGGCCGGGGCGCCGGCGGUACGGAGGGACCGAUCCAAGACAAACCCGUCUUCGGGCAGCAGCCAGGAGAGCCUGCACCCGGCCCGGCCCAAAGCCGCCUCGCCGCAUGGCGAGGCUGCCUCCUUCACCCCGAGUGGUUCGGGGCAGGCUCCGGGGCACGGGUCCCUGGCCGACCAGGUGCGGGCGCGCCUGCUUGGCUCGGCCGAUGACCUGCGGAGCGUGGGGCUGAGGCAGCCUCUCUCUCCCGAGACGCGGAGGAAGCGGCGGGCCUGGAGGAGGCACACGGUGGUGGUCUCCCCCACUGAGACGGACAAGAAGCCCUCGCUGGCCAUCAAAGAGUUCCCCAUGUCACCCCCCGCCGCUCCCGGCCAGGGAAAACCCCAGGAUUCGACACUGGAAGCCCGGGGGCUCGACUCGGGACAGCCGGUCCUACAGGGGCCCCCCGCCGCGCGCAGAGCCCCAGCCUCACGCUUCCACCAGUAUCUGUAACCGGGGACAGAGGCUUAGACACUGGUACGUAGAGCUGGAAUGACCAAACCCACAACUCAUCGCCAGGCAUUCAGCUGUGGCAUUGUGAGGAGUAACAGAGAGGAGUCCCACAGAGCCUGUACUGGGGAAACGGGAAAUUAAAUCUUUGCUAAUUUGAGUGAUCGGCAUUGGGGCAGUUUAUUGUCCCACAGUAAUUAACGUCAUUGAAUCAAUUCUGGCAGUUAAUUGUGAUAUAGAUCUGUGUCCCCGUCGCCCCGCUCUGCCUGUACAUUACCAUACCCAACACCCCCCCUCCCCCCGCCGCUGAGUCGGGGCUGCUGCCGUCUCUCCCUGGGUCAGAUAGCGCUGUCUCCAGGCCAGUGGGUAGUGAUCGGCAGAACCAAGUAUAGACAUAAGGGCUCGUGGGUGACAGGUCUGAGACCAGUUUCUGACCUCCAGUCUCCUCACGCUACAUUUUCUUUUUUGUGUGGAAUUGGCUCCGUUUGCAUGGCAAGGGGCAUUCCUGCAUUUGCCAAAGCUUAUUUUUUUUCUCAUCUUUGUGGGUUUAAAAUAAAAAAUAAUUCAAAACUGUAAUGAGACCGUAGACAGACAGACAAGCAGAUGGAUAGACAAAGCGAAAGACUGAUAGAGAGACAGACAGAACGACAGAGACAGAACGAGAGAGUGACAAAGACAGACAUGGAUAUAGACAGACCUAAUCACGGUCAAUGUCACAGUGAAUAAUUCUGCCUCUUGUCGGCAGCAGACAGACGGUGAUACUUGGAUAUUUCCUGUCUUCUCUGUUGCUUCCUGUCUGUCUCGCACACAGGAAGAGCAAGUGGGACGAAGAGAAUGCCAAACCAGGCCUGCCCAACGCUUCUCACAGUGACACUUUAAACAGGGCUGUGGGCUCUCUCUUUUACACACCCCACACAGACACACAGUCAAACACACACACACACACUUUUUGAGAGCAGCAUGUACAGUAUAACAGUUGUCCAGGCAGUACAGGAGGGAGAUUUGUAUGAGGUAAGCCUCUCUUUUCACCCCUCUCACUUCCAUAUCAGUCUUCCUUAAUAAUCUGUUACAACUGACGAAAACAACAACUGGUCCUAACAGUCAGCUAACUGCCAACACACCCAAAUAACAAAUAUUCAGAGAUAUAACAGGACACAUGAAUACACACACACAUACAAAUACACAUAGAGAAAUACAAACACACACAUAUUCCAAUAUAUAUAGACACACACACACCCACACACACUGAGGAAUAUAAACACACACACACACUCAGAUAGUAACACAACAGUAAUGCUCAGCUACUAAGCUGUCAGUCUCGGUUAAUAUUUGAAUCUGUCCGUGUGUGACUGUUUGCCUGCCAGUAUGUGAGUAUGUUUGAGUGUGCAGGUGCUUGUGUAUUGAACUUUUUUGUAACAUUUGUACAAAGCCUUGUUAAGUUAACCUUGUAAAUAUAUAUAUAUAUUAUCGUUAUUGUUUUUUAUGUUUUUUAUGUUUAAAUUUUUUUAUGGUUUACAUAAAGUGCACACAGGUGCACCGACAUUUUCUUCAAGAUGUUACUUGAAAUGUUUCCCUUAAUAUAUUAUUAUUAUUUGUUUUAUACACAGUAUAUAUUAUAUAUAUUUUUUGUAUGAAAAUAAUAAGUACUUCUAUUGUGAUUUUGAUUUCUUUGGUGUAUCUGUUUUAAAGCAAAGAGACAACCUAAAACCUGACCAAGAGCCUGUUCCUUGUCUCCUCCUAAGAUGGCCUUUCUCUACGACUUACAGAGUACUAUGCAGAAAUAUGUUAUCAAACGAACUCACCCAACUUGAACCUACUCAAAACAUAGUGAAAAUACUUGGCUUCAUCUGACAAAACCCUUUUUUGCAGUUUGUUUGCAUCUCAGUUCUACUGACAAAGAACGCUCAGACGAUUUGCAAUAAACUCCAUCAUAACUGUUUUUUCAA